AUGGGAUUCAUACAUAUCAACGACAUACGUGACCACCAACACCAUUCAGGUGAGGUCGUCAAAGGACUGUCUGCGGGGCAGAUGAAUGGUGAACCCUUCCGGUCUUUCACGACCUGCGACCUUGCAUCCGAUCAAGUUACCUUUCCGACAGGCAUGAAAGAGGAUAUCGUUCUUUUAUCCUGGCUCAUAGUUCUCCUUCGUACGAAAGAAGAUGGUCGCAUUAGUUAUGAGUGGACUUACAAAAGUCCGGAUCAAGCUCUUGAAGACGCACAAGCACACAGGCUGUCUACAAACGAAGUACUGCCCAAGUUAGAGAGUAAAGUCGGGGAAGCUGUGACUGCUGUUUCGCAAAAUAUCAAAAAUAUCAACCCGAAUCGGAUUGCAGAAAGUUCUUCCGGUCAUUCACUUAUUUUGAGCACGAAUACUCUGUCUGAUACUUCUGAAGAAGCUAGAGAAGAUGGGUCGCUCUGUAUCGAGGUAUGCUUUAAUAGCGCAAGCCUUGACAUUCGUCCAAUUAGGAAAACAGCGAAUUUAUUACCAUAUACAAUUUCACGGCACAUUGAAUCUCUCGUGGAUACGAUCAGCAUGUGUCUCUCUAAUCCCGGACAAUCUGUUGAAAAUUGCCUUCGUCCUACUACGCACGAUCUGACCCAAAUUUGGAAAUGGAACAACGAGCUACCUCCUACUUAUGACCUUUGCAUGCACGACGUGAUUUCUGAACGAGCACGAGAAUUUCCAGACAAGGAGGCUAUUGCAUCUUGGGAUGGUACCUUGACAUAUCGGCAGAUCGAUGACUAUUCUUCGUUCAUGGCAUCAAAUCUUCUCAAAUCAGGUGUCGCCCUUCAUGAAUUUUUGCCAGUAUGCUUUGAAAAGUCUAGAUGGACAAUCGUUGCCGUUCUUGCAGUGAUGAAGGCCGGGGCAACAAUUGUCCUCAUGGACCCAACUCUUCCCCUUGCUCGACUUCAAAAUAUGGCAAAGCAAGUCAAUGCAAAGAUGAUGCUGUCUUCUGGGGACCAACAGGAUCUUUCGAAAUUGAUUCUGCCAGAAGGAGAUAUCUUUGUUGUAGGCGAAGAUAUAUUCGCCAAUUUCUCACCAUCGAAUCCUUUGGAACAGCUUCCAGCUGUACCACCCUCUGCCUUGAUGUACAUUAUCUUCACUUCUGGAAGCACCGGAACACCGAAAGGAGUCAAGAUUUCACACAAAGCCUACACAAGUAGCGCGUUUCCCCGAGCGAAAGCAGUUGGCUAUACCGAGAAAUCUAGAGUCCUCGACUUUGCCUCCUACGCCUUUGAUGUCAGCAUCGAUAGUAUGCUUCUCACACUAGGAAAUGGCGGUUGCCUUUGCAUUCCUUCCGAUGAAGACCGGCUCAACAAUAUUAAUGAUGUGAUUCGAAAAAUGAGAAUCAACUAUGCAGGCAUUACCCCUUCAAUGGCUCGUAUUCUAGACGCAGAUGUCAUUUCUUCUUUGCAUGUCCUUGGGCUAGGCGGAGAAGCUGCAUCGGCUCGAGAUGUGACCGUCUGGGGUCGCGAAACCAGAAUUGUCAUUGGAUAUGGCCCCUGUGAAUGUACAAUUGGCUGUACUGUCAAUAGCAGUGCUGCUACUGGCAGAGACUAUAUCUCUAUCGGACCAGGUAACGGUGCAGCCAUUUGGAUCGUCGAUCCAAAUGACCAUGAAAUCCUGAUGCCUGUAGGUGCCGUGGGUGAGCUUCUAGUUGAAGGCCCAAUCGUCGGACAGGGAUAUCUCAAUGACCCCGAAAAGACCGCGGCUUCCUUCAUUCACGACCCAUCGUGGCUUGGGGCCGGUCACGGCGAGUUCAAAGGUCGACAAGGGCGCCUGUACAAGACUGGCGAUCUCGGCAUAUAUGAUCCCGAUGGCUCUGGAGGAAUCGUAUUUGUUGGUCGGAAGGAUACACAAGUCAAACUUCGUGGCCAGCGCGUUGAAUUGGGAGAAAUCGAAAGUCAACUCAAUGCCAGAUUGCCCCCCGAAACAACUGUGAUUGCAGAGGUCAUUGUCCCCCAGGGUGCAGGAGGACAGUCCACUCUGGUUGCAUUUAUUUCAUUCCAGUCAGCAAAGGGCCAAGAUCACACAGAUAUUCAAUCUGCAGAACUGGUUGACGAGCAGCGCGAAGCAAUUUCUAAAGCGAAUGCGGAGAUAACCAAAGUUCUGCCUCGGUAUAUGGUCCCAACUGCCUAUAUCCCAAUUAAUUUGAUUCCCACCUUAAUUUCCGGGAAGACUGAUCGUAAGCGACUUCGACAUUUUGGCUCGACUGUUGACCUGCGAGAGCUUGAUCAAGGGACAGAGAGUUCUGUUAGCCGGAACUUGACCGAUCUCGAGCAACGUCUACGACAAGCAUGGAGCAUUGCUUUGAAGCUCGACACAGAAGCAAUCAGACUCGAAGACAAUUUCUUUGCUCUCGGCGGUGAUUCUCUCGCGGCAAUGCGACUUGUUUCUAUCUGCAGAGAUCAAGAACUUGAUCUUUCUGUCACCAAUACCUUUUCUCACCCUACACUUUCAGCCAUGGCAACAGUGGUUCAGCUUUGCGAACAACAACCACAGACGGAGAUUGGAUUAUUUUCCAUGAUUUCUCAACCAGCUGAGAGUGCAUGUGUGGAAGCCUCCCAAGCUUGUGGUUUCGAUCAAAGUGCUGUUGAAGACAUCUAUCCCUCAACACCCACGCAGGAGUCGUUAUUUACCUUCUCUCUCAAAUCUGUCAAGGUCUAUGUUGCACAGAGAGUUGCAUGUAUUCCAUCAACGGUCACUCUCGAGUCCUGGAAACAGGCGUGGGAGGAUGUUGUAGCAGCAAGUCCAAUUUUACGCAGUCGGUUGGUUCAACUUCGAGACCCCGGUCUCCAACAAGUCGUGCUCAAAGAAAAGAUAAGCUGGAAACAUUCCAAGAAUCUCACUGAGUAUCUCGAAGAGGAUCGAAACGAGAGAAUGAAUUUGGGAGAAAGCCUGGCCCGUUACGCGAUCGUGGACAAUUCGACUGACGGCAAGCGAUACAUGGUUUGGACUGUCCAUCAUGUUCUAUAUGAUGGAUGGUCUGAGCCGGUAAUCCUUGAUAAGGUUCGCAGGGCACUGCAAGGUCAACUUCUGGAGAGUAAAUCUCAAAUGCGGGACUUUGUUAAGUGGGUGCAGGAUACAGACCAGUCCGCGAUGCACGAAUUCUGGCGACGGGAGUUAAACGGCGCCGUUGGGCCUCAAUUCCCCCGUUUGCCCUAUCGAGACUAUCUGCCCACUCCUGACUCCAUGAUUGAGCAUCAGAUACCUCUUGACUUGGGCCAUGGAUUUCCAUUCACACUGGCUACGCUCAUUCGGGGUGCAUGGGCCCUCGUGGCGUCACAGUACACGCGUAGUGACGAUGUUGUAUUUGGUGAGACGCUCACCGGUCGGGACAUCGCUUUGCCAGGCGUUGAAGCCAUUGUUGGUCCUCUGAUUGCGACCGUACCUAUUCGGAUUAAUGUCAAUCGGAAUGGUUCUGUUGCUUCAUAUCUGCAGGCCGUGCAGCAGAGCAUCUUGGCCCGAACGCCGUAUCAGCAUAUGGGAAUGCAAAACAUUCGAAAGGUUAGCCAAGACGCUCAGCAUGCUUGCGAAGCAAGCACUGGUCUAGUAAUCCAGCCGGAGCCAGAGUAUGAGGGCAGCGACCUUGGUGUUGAGCAAGGAGAUGUAGUCCGCGAAGCACUUCAUUUCAACCCAUACCCGCUCAUGGUGGCCUGCGGUAUCCGCAAGGGAGGCUUUAGGGUCUGUGCUAGCUUCGAUAGCAGCUUAAUUGAAGUUCCACAGAUGGAACGCAUUCUUUCGCAGCUCGAAAUGGCUUGCCAGCAGUUGACAGAGGACCUCGACAAGAAAAUAAACGAAAUAUCUUGUCUUCCUGAGUCAGAACUGAACCAGAUUUGGAGGUGGAACCACCAAUCGCCUCUAGUAUUGGACGAGCCCUCGGGAAGACUUCGUGCGGACUCGAACAUUGAACAGGGGUCAGUAUACCCCUCCGUGGUCGUUCGAUGGGUUUGCGAUUCUCGAAACCCAUCAUUACUUUCACCUAUCGGAUGCCCUGGUGAGCUCUAUCUAGAGGGUGGCUUUCUUGCAGGCGACACUAUCGAUGCUCCCGCCUGGCUAGCAGCUGGUAGUUCCGCGUUCACAGGCCGCUCUGGGAAGAUUCACCCAACAGGAGAUAUUGUCCAAUUGUGUGCUGACGGUACCUUGACCUUUGUUGGUCGAAAGGAAAAUAUGUUACCAGUCCAAGGACAUGCCGUGGAUAUCACAGAGCUUGAAAAGCAUUUCUCCAGAUAUCUUCCCACAUCCAUCCGUGCUGCCGCUACUGUCUUUCAACCUAAGGCUGUCGAUUCCGAGGAAGCGGUGCAACAACAAUUGCUCGUCUUCGUUGAGAAUAUCUCCGCUCAAGAGGAAAGCAUUGACAUCAUGUCAGCGCAGGAAGAGAUUGUUUGGGACUCAUCUGACCCACAAAGUCUGAGGACAACUCUGUGUGCCACUGCCCCAAUCACCCUAAUCAUAGCUUUAAAGAGGCUUGAUAAAUUCUUCCGAGACUCUCUUCCAUCUCAUAUGAUUCCCUCGGGUUAUGUUUUGGUCGACCAAAUGCCUGCUGAGUCAACUCAACUCAAUCACAAUUUAUUAACUCAAUUGGCAGCCAAGGUUCCUGCUUCUCUGCUCCAGCAGCUCCAUGAACGACUACAGCUGAUUUGGAAAGAGAGUCUCGCGCAGGCAAGUUUGAGUACGUCGGAAAGCAUUCUUCGCUCUGCCUGGGCAAAGAUCCUUGGUAUCAAUGCCGAGGUUAUUGACGUGGACGACAAUUUCUUCCGUCUUGGUGGUGACUCCGUCCUGGCAAUGAAACUGGUCUCCAGUCUUCGUUCACAGGGACAUCGCCUCACUGUGGCCGACAUUUUCCAGCAUAUGCGCCUUGGCGAUGCUGCUCAGGUCUUGAAGGUGGGCCAAUCAUCAAAGGAGAAAGUCCAGCCUUAUAAGCCAUUCUCUACGUUGAGUCUAUCAAACGUUUCGAAUUUCCUAGCAGAUGUUGUUAAGCCAAAGCUUUUUGAUCCAGACUGGACUAUUCAAGAUGUGUCUCCUGUCACCGACACACAGGCAAUGGAUAUCAGAGGCACCAUCAAUAUGCCUCGUACCUCGAUUCAAUACAAUAUGCUCUUCUUCGACAAUGCUGUUGACCAAACACGUCUGUUUAAAGCAUGCAGAGAAUUAGUGAAGACCCAUGACAUUUUGCGCACUGUCUUCAUUGAGAACAAUUCUGCCUUCUUUCAGGUUACCCUACAGCAUUUGGAUAUCCCGGUAGCUACCUUUUCCACGGAGAAGGAAAUGAAGUCUUUCGUGACCGACCUGUGUGGGAAUGACAUAGAAUCAGAUUUCAACCUCGGUUCACCAUUCCUAAAGUUCUUAUACGUGAGUGGAACUGAUGGCAAGGAAUGCCUCGUUAUAGGCCUGUCUCAUGCCCUGUACGAUGGCAUGUCUCUUCCCAGGCUGCUUCAAGAUCUGGAGACACUAUAUCUUGAAAACCAAGUGGUUGACUUUGCGCCGUUUUCGUCAUACAUGGCACGUAUUAACGACGGCCGCUUCCAAGCUAGGUCACUUAGCUACUGGAGUAAUCUGCUGGACGGAUCUUCACUCUCCGUUUUGAGUGAGACAUCAUUCCAACCUGGUGACAAGGGGAUCUUUUUAUCCAAGCCUGUUGAUAUUCUUCGUCAUCCAGAAGACAUUACUACGGCCAAUUUAUUGACUGCAGCAUGGGCAUUGGUCUUGGCUCGCCGUCUGAAAACCCCAGAUGUAACAUUUGGAGGGGUCACGUCUGGCCGGAUGGUUGAUUUAGAAAACGUGGAGAAUAUCAUGGGUCCUUGCUACCAACUCACUCCGGUCAGAGUUCAGUUCCAGCCCCAAUGGACGUCCAUGAAUCUACUUCAAUUUGUUCAAAAGCAGAGCACUGAGUCGGCUCCUCAUGACUUUAUUGGUUUUGAGAAGAUUUCCAGGCAAUGCACUCAUUGGUCGCUUGAAUCUCGAACUUUUGAUUCAAUUGUGCAUCAUCAAGACUUUGAUGAUUUCGAUACAAUGCCUUUCGCCGAGGGUACUUGUAAUGUGGACAUAUCUAUUCCACAUGGAGAUGCACCAUACCCUUUCAAGGCCGUCACAUUCUUCAGGGGUGGCAAAAUCAAUGUUGGAGCUGUUGGAAGCGAAAGAAACCCAGCUUUGGUGACCACGCUUCUUGACGAGUUGGCAGCCACGGUUCAGGAGCUUUCAGCAUGUUCAUCCAAUGUCUUGUUGCAAACUGAAUUAUUUUGA